UGACAUCACUCCCGUUUGCUUCACUUGAAACCAGAAGCAAGGUUUAGGGUUUGGGGAACAAGUCCAGGAAGCUGCGUCUUCUGAUGAGACAGAUAAAGCGAAUGUAGUUUGAAACAGAUCAACGUUUAGGGGGUUUAUAUUAGAAAUAGAGAUUCGGUUUGGCGCCGGUUUGUUCUUCACCCUUUUUUGGACCCGGCUCGGCUUGAAUCGUGGGUGCUCACACACACCCUUACACCCCGGACAUGGCGGGUCUCCGAGGUCUGAUGAUCUUGCGUCUGAUGGUUGGUUUGGCUCGCUGUAAAGACAACACCAUCAAUACCUCACCUGCAAGCACCUCAAAUGAGACUCCAAACACCAACCAGUCAUCUUCUGAGACAAAACUCUCACCUGCAAGCACCUCAAAUGAGACUCCAACCACCACCCAGUCAUCUUCUCAGACAAAACUCUCACCUGCAAGCACCUCAAAUGAGACUCCAAACACCAACCAGUCAUCUUCUCAGACAAAACUCUCACCUGCAAGCACCUCAAAUGAGACUCCAAACACCAACCAGUCAUCUUCUCAGACAAACACAACCAUGACGCCCACCACAGCUCAACCCAAACCAGAUCCAAAGUGUUCCUUCAGUGUUGAGACGAUCAAGUUUGGUCUGAAGAUACAGAUGACAGAUUUUACUCCUAACAACUUCACCGUAUAUGUUGCUGAGAUCGGAGAUUUAUUUGAAAGGAAAGGCGAUUUUAACACCAGUGAAAACUCAACUUAUGACAUCAAACUUCUGAAGCCGUGCACUGAAUAUGAGCUAAAAGUCACAUUUAGUGACUCCAAUGGUACAGAAAUAUCCUGUAACACAACCAAAAAUAAAACAACAACAACUGGAAUGACUGAUCGAGACAUAAAAAAAGCAUCCUGCCCUCCUGGAUAUUUCUGUUACCAAAGUGGUUGGAACAUCAACUCUUUACUAUCAGAAAACAACAAAGUUUCAAUUGAAGAUUUCAAGAAUGGAUCGUAUCGUUUCAAACACGUUUAUGACGACAUGUGUUCAGAUUUAGUUUUGACGUUCCCAGAAAACUGCUCCAAUGCCACAUUUACCAAAUCUGAAACCUUCACUGUUGAUUUUAUUGAUCCAAAUGACAUAAAUCAGACUAAACCUGAUAAACUUCCUGCAGAGAUAAAACCAAAGUUUCCAUUAAGCUGCAAAAAUCUCAGUGUUGAUUAUAAAUGUUCAGAAAUCAACAAUCAAUCUGUUGAACCGUCUGACAUGAAGCCGUUCACAAACUACAGCUGCACUGGUGACAUCAAGAGGAACAAUGUCUCCAUAAAUAAGACACUUCCACCUGUCCAGUUCAACAUUCACUGUGAUUUUACAGUAACCAACCUGAAGAACAGUUCAACCAGUACAUCCAUUAAGCUGAACUGGAAAACAACGAGUGAAAAAUGUCAAGAUGUUCUUGACAAACUGGGUUUGCUCUAUUAUCACUGCGAGUGUGAGCAAGAUGUGGAAGGUUCUGGAAAAUAUAAAAAAAUUACAGAAAAGACGAUUUAUCAAUCUGAAGGAAGAAAGUGUGUCUUCGAGGAAGGAGUUAAACCAUUCAGGGAUUACAGAUGUAACGUCAAACACAUUUACGCUGGAAAAGGUGAUUUUGGAGCAACAACAGUUAAAGGAAAGACUGAGCCUGGAAUACCAGAACCACCUCGUAACCUUGACGUUCAAGUUACAGAGAACAAUAAGAUUGAAGUGAGAUGUUCAUUAAAGGACAUUGAUUUUAAUGGACCAGACAGAAAAUUCAUUGCAGAACUUCAAGAUGUUGCUGGCAGCAGAAAGUCUAACACAACAUGUCACUUUGAAUUCAAAGAUCUGAGCUACUUAACAUCCUACACAGUGAAGGUGUUUACUUCCAACAGAAAUUUUAUCAGCUCACCUCUGAGUAGACAGGCUAACUAGAUGUAUAAUGACAAAGCUCUUAUUGGAUUUCUGGUCUUCCUCAUCAUCAUCACCUCUGUGGCUCUUCUCCUGGUCCUCUAUAAGAUCUACGUGUUGAAACACAGAAAGUCCCAUGAUAUGACUGAAAACAUGUCACUAAUUGCCCAAGGGAAUGAUGAAGAUAGUUUGAUCCCUGUUGAACCGAUUCCAGCCGAACUUCUGCUAGAAACCUAUAAAAGGAAGCUAGCAGACGAAGGGAGGCUUUUCCUGGGAGAAUUUCAGAGCAUUCCCAGAAUCUUCUCAAGAUACACAGUGAAAGAAGCUAAGAAGGCCUGCAACGCUCCAAAGAACCGCUAUGUGGACAUCCUGCCAUACGAUUAUAACCGCGUCCAACUGGCCACAGGAAACGGAGAAGCAGGAUGUGACUAUAUUAACGCCAGCUUCAUUGACGGUUACAAGGAACAAAAAAAAUACAUUGCAGCUCAAGGACCAAAGGAUGAAACUGUGAGUGAUUUCUGGAGGAUGGUCUGGGAGCAGCAGACCUCCAUUAUUGUCAUGGUGACUCGCUGUGAAGAAGGAAACAGGAUCAAGUGUGCUCAGUACUGGCCUUCUCCUGAUAGAGAAACUGAGAUCUUCGAGGAGUUCAUAGUGAAGCUGACCUCAGAAGAACAUUGCCCAGAUUACACCAUCCGCCAUCUGAGCCUGACUAACAAGAGAGAGAAGAACCUGGAGAGGGAAGUGACUCACAUCCAGUUCAUGAGCUGGCCCGACCACGGCGUCCCAGGAGAACCGCACCUCCUCCUGAAGCUGAGGCGGCGGGUCAACGCUUUCAAGAACGUCUUCAGCGGCCCCAUCGUCGUCCACUGCAGCGCUGGAGUCGGCAGAACCGGCACCUACAUCGGCAUCGACGCCAUGAUGGAGGGUCUGGAGGCCGAGGGCAGGAUGGACAUUUACGGAUACGUUGUCCAACUCCGGAGACAAAGAUGCCUCAUGGUCCAAGUGGAGUCCCAGUACAUCCUGAUCCACCAGGCCUUACUGGAGCACAACCAGUUUGGAGAGACAGAGAUCUCUCUGUCGGAGCUGCACAGCACACUGAGCACGCUCAGACAGAAAAACUCCGACAGCGAACCCACGCUUAUGGAAGAAGAGUUUGAGCGACUCCCUUCCUUUAAGAACUGGAGGACCUGCAACAUAGGGACCACAGAAGAAAACAAGAAAAAGAAUCGUUCUUCAUCUGUUAUCCCAUAUGACUACAACCGAGUUUUACUCAAGACAGUAGAAGACAACAGUCAGGACAGCGAAGUUGAUGAUGAAGAGAUGGAGGACUCGUCAGAUGAAGAAGACGAAGACUCCUCUCGAUACAUCAAUGCCUCCCACGUUAAUGGUUACUGGGGAUCUCGUUCUCUGAUCACAGCCCAGGAUCCGCUGCCAGACACUUUCAUCGACUUCUGGGCGAUGGUUUGGCAGAAGAAAUUAUCCACUAUUGUCAUGCUUUCAGAGCACAAAGAGGAUGGUGACUCUCUGUACUGGGGAAAAGAAAAGAAGGCGUUUGGAGAUUUUGAGGUAGAAGUUUCAAGUACAGAAAUUACUCCAGUUUUCAUCUCCCGCACCAUGUUGGUCCAACAUGUCAAGCGAAAAGAUAGUCGGCAGGUGAAACAUUUCCAGUUCCUGAAGUGGGAGGGCACAGAUCUGCCAGAGAAACCGCAGGAACUCAUAGAUAUGGCAAAGGAAGUAAAACGCAGCUGCGUCGGCAGCAAAUCCCAGAGGAUGCCGAUUCUCAUCCACUGCACUGACGGAUCGACACGUUCGGGAAUUUUCUGUGGUUUGUGGAAUCUGCUGGACAGCGCUCAGACUGAGAAGCUGGUUGAUGUUUUCCAAGUGGUCAAAACUCUACGCAAGGACAGGAAGGGGAUGAUCCCUAGCCUGGAGCAGUACCAGUUCCUUUACAAGGCUCUAGAGGGCGCCUUCCCCGUCCAGAACGGGGAAGUGAAACAAGUCAAGAGUACAGCCGUCGCCAGUGUUGAAAUUGUUAACGAAACCAAAGCCGGAGAAGCAGAAGCAGAAAAGCAGCCAGAAGAGAAGAAGGCAGAGGAGCCAGCCAGCACUACCAGCAGCAACCAGCAGGCGGAGGCAGAGAGCACUCCUCUGGUGGCUCAGAGUGAAAAGGAAAAGAAAGAAGAAGAGGAAGCUGCAAAGGAGUCCAGCUCCCCCCAACAGUCCACACCACAGGAGGAAACCAGCAACGGCCCCACAGACACUGUGGAGGUCUGAGAUGAUGAGGGGACACAUUUAUUCCUAAUACUUUAGUUUUAUGCUUUUAUAAAAAAUAAAUAAAUAAAAAAAGAUACAUUCUGAAUGUAUAAACAGUGUAAAGAUUUAACUCAGUAUGAGAUGGUGAGUGAAAAUUAGAAAGAAUUAGAUUAAAUACGUUCAUAUUUUGAACUUCUAUAAGUUAUAAAGUUUCUGAGCAAAAGGUUAUUUUUCCUGCUGGCAAAGGUAAUAGAACUGCUGUUGUCAAACUAUGGAUCAAGAUGACGUUUAAAUACACAGUAGAUGAGCUUUUUUGUUUGGUACUCUAAGUUUGUGUAAGGUUAAAUUUAGUUUAUAUUUUAGUUUCUCGUUAUUUUCACACUCUGCAGCCGACCUUUACAUGUUGUACAUCUGCCAUAUCGCAAAAAUUUAGCUGUUAAGUUCAAAUUUCAUUAUUUACUACUGUAUUUCCUUUCUGAAAUACAUUGAAAAAUGUUUUAUUUAUGCAGACUUGCUUAUUAUUAUAGUAUUAAUGAUUUCCAAAACAUAUUUCUCACUUGUUCUCAAAGAGACAUGUUUAAUUAUUUCUGAUAUCUUUGCUAUACUGAAAAAAUUGCUAUAUCCUCUCUGCCAGCAGAAAUAAACAAUAUUUUAUUAAAAUCUUUUGGGUGUCAUGAAGUAUACAAAUAUUUUUUGGAGCAUGAAAAAACUUUGCUUGCAAACAUCAACAAUAAAUCAUAAAGUUGUACUUGAAAAAAUGACUGUUUACAGUCCUGAAAACAACAGAACUAUUCUUUGGAUUUUGACCUUUACAAAGAAUUUAAUAUCAGUAAAGAUGUGGUAAAACUUUCACAUCUGUUUGUGAAUGAGAUUGUUAAUUUCAUGGAGGAAUCCCACACAAAU